AUGAAUAUUACCAAUCUCUUUACGCGAAAUAAUCAAGAUCAGUCACAGCAAGAUGCGGGCUCGUUCAAGAUCAAGGACGAAAAGUCCCAAGUGGUCCAGCACGCUAUCGAAGAUUACAUUGAAGAAGAUGACCGAAAUUCCGAGAAGGUUGACUUUGGCCACGGCACCGGUAGCUUUGCUACGGCCUAUUUCAACGUUGUCUGUGUUGUUGCAGGCACUGGUACUCUGGGUCUGCCCCACGCAUUCGCGCAGGGUGGCUGGCUCGGUAUUCUCAUUCUGAUUCUUGCCUGGGCCAUGGCUGUUUACAGUGGUAUCAUCUUGAUCCAAUGUCUGUACUGUAAGCCUGGCGAGCGUCUCCAUGAUUACAAACAGAUUGGCAAGGCAGCCUAUGGUUGGGUUGGCUAUGCUUUCGCUUCAUUGUUCCAUAUUCUCAAUUUGUUCGGCUGUCCUGCUCUUUACCUUGUGUUGGCAUCUACCAACUUGCACUCUCUUUUGGAACAUACCUCUGGCGCUCUUACCCGACCCAUCUGGGCUGUUAUCGUUGCCUGUGCCCUUCUUAUCCCCAUGUUCUCUUUCAAGACCUUGAAAGAAAUCACCAUCAUGGCUGCUGUUGGCGCCAUCACCACUAUGAUUGCCGUCUUUGUUAUCGUUAUUGAGAGCCCUAUCGACCACAACGCCAACCCUCAACGCACAGUUAUUCACGACGGUGUCAUCUGGACUGGUUUCCCCUCCGCCUUGUCUACUAUUGCUUUCUCUUUUGGUGGUAACAACACUUAUCCUCACGUCGAGCACGCUCUGAAGAAGCCUCACCAAUGGAAGUGGGCUGUAACUGCCGGCUUAUCCACCUGCACCGCUCUUUACUUUAUGACCGCCGUUCCCGGCUACUGGAGUUUCGGUCGUGACGCUAUGUCUCCCAUCUACGACUCGCUCCCCUCUGGUGAAGCUGCUCAGAUUGUCGCCAAGAUUGUCAUGACCAUUCACGUUAUCUUAGCCAUUCCCAUCUACGCCACUUCGUUUGCCUUGGAGUUCGAACAUUUUUGCCGCAUCGAUGAAGAAAAAAUCGGUAAACUCUAUGCCUUCUUAGGCCGUGCCGCUGUUCGUACUGUCACCAUGGUCAUCUUGUGUAUCUUGGCUAUCUUCAUUCCUUACUUUGACGCCUUCAUGAGCUUGAUCGGUGCCCUCUGUAACUGCAGUCUGGUGUUCUUGAUCCCAGUUCUCUGCCAUUUGAAGCUCUUUGGUAUCCGAAGACCUAUUUACGAGUUGGCCUUCUGUGCUUUGACUCUCGUCCUUGGUAUCGUUGGCUGUGUCUUUGGUUCCAAGGAUGCCAUCGAAGUGCUCAAGGGUUACUUUGAAGAAGAUGCUUAA